ACACUGACAAGCUUGGGCUUUCCGUAUCCAUGAGUGUUCUGAAGUUGAGAUCCUGGCUCAUGAAGAGGAGAACACAGUUGUCCUCAUGGCCAUGCCGUGAAGCAGUCCACCAACCCGAAAAGAAGUCGUCAUGGAGGACGAUCAACAUCAAGACCCGGUAUCUUAGAGCGGAGUACGAACACGGCAUCUCCUGAGCUUGUCACCUGGGACAAUUCCCAUCCCCUAAACUGGCAGUCCUCCGAUGGGCCUCACUUCCACAAGACAGGGCUUGAAUGUCAGACCGCCUAUCGACACCGCUUAGCUAAUGGCUGACCUCUCCUUUCUUUUCCAUUCGAGCUGUCUCAUCACUGUCGUUGGCCCAGAAUAUCAAGCUUUCCAACGCGACUUGUCUUCGAUCUGACUCGAUGUUCUGAGACUUCUGUAUCCAUCCGACCCAUUGUCACUCUUUUUCCACUUCCCAGCAGCCCGUGUUGCCAAGCGCCCAAGAUGCGCAUUUCACUCCUUUUCACACUCGUUACCGUUUUGACCGACUCGGUCUCUUCUAUUGCUGUUCCAUGGAAGACUACAAGACAACAGCCACGUCAUGAGCCCUUUAUUGGUCGACGUGCCGCCAACACUACUCUUGACAUCUACGACUAUGUAGUUGUUGGUUCCGGUCCUGGAGGAGGCCCCGUUGCGGCCAAUCUUGCCAUUGCCGGCUACAAGGUUUUGCUGAUUGAUGCCGGAGGAGACUCGGGCGACGCAUGGACGGAGAAGAUCCCGGCUCUUCAUCUUAUGUCCACUGAGUUCGAAGACACGAGAUGGAACUACUUUGUCAACCACUACCCCGACCUUGACCAACAGAAGAGGGACUCCAAGAUGACGUACGAGAUGCCUGACGGUAGUUUCUACGUCGGACUUGAUCCUCCAGCUGAAGCAACCCCUCUCGGUGUCUGGUACCCUCGCGCCGGAACCUUGGGUGGCUGUUCUCGCCACAACGCUCUCAUCACCAUCAAUGCUCACGAUAGCGAUUGGUCCAACAUUGCCACCCUCACCGGUGAUGAUACCUGGAGCCCUAACAACAUGCGGUCGUACUUCCAAAAGAUUGAGAAGAACAUGUACCUGCCAUCCAGCAUCAUCGGACACGGCUAUAGUGGAUGGCUUGGUACUUCGCUCACUUCCUUGUCACUCGUAGUCGAAGAUCAAAAGCUGUUGUCGUUGAUCAUCGCAGCUGCUACUGCCAUGGGAAAGAGUCUUCUUGGACUGUUGCUCAGCACCGUCGCAGGCCUCGGCCAGGUUCUACUUCGUGAUCUGAAUGCUCCCGGCCAGACGAGCAAGACUGGAUUGUACCAGGUUCCGCUCUCGAUGACUGAUUCCAUUCGUGGUGGUCCCAGAGACUUGAUCUUGGAUACAGCCAACGCUGUCAACGCUGAUGGAUCGCGCAAGUAUCACCUUGAUAUCAAGCUCGACACUCUCGUCACGAAGAUUCGAUUUGAUGAAAGCGGCGACAAGCCUCGCGCUGUCGGUGUGGACUUCUUGGAGGGCUCCAGCCUUUACCGUGCCGAUCCCCGCUCAGGAGCUGCUUCCUCAACCGGCUCUGGCAGUGUUGAUGCUUCCCGUGAAGUCAUCAUCUCGGCUGGAUCCUUUAACACGCCUCAGCUUUUGAAGCUCAGUGGCAUUGGUCCAAAGGCCGAGCUCGACUCCUUCAAGAUUCCUAUCGUCGUUGAUCUCCCAGGUGUCGGUACCAACAUGCAGGACCGAUAUGAGGCAACUGUGAUUGGCAAGACCAAGAGCGACUUUGUUAUUACUAGCAAGUGUACCUUCCUGGAGACGUCUCCCGACCCUUGCCUUGAGGACUACAAGAACGGACUUGAGCCCAUUACAAAGGGCGUGUACGCCACCAAUGGUAUCGCAAUUGCCGUCAUUCUCAAGUCUUCCGUCGCCGAGAACGAGCCCGACUUGCUCAUCUCCGGUGCUCCGGCCAAGUUCAAGGGCUACUUCCCCGGCUACGCCUCCGACUCGCUUGCCGAUGCACAGCACUGGGCGUGGAUCAUCCUCAAGGCUCACAGUAGAAACAAUGCUGGUACUGUGACUCUGAAGUCGACCGAUCCCAGAGACAUGCCCCUCAUCAACUUCAACUACUAUGAUACGGGCGUCAACAGCAACGGAGAAGCCGACAAGGAUCUUCAGGCUACUUACGAGGGCUUCGAGUUCACCCGAAAGGCCUUUGACAGCCUCAUCCCGCUCGACGGAAGCUUCCCCGAAGUCUGGCCUGGUACCAAUACCUCCACAGAGGCAGAUGCGAAGCAGUUCCUGAAGGACGAAACAUGGGGACACCACGCCUCAUGCACUUGUCCUAUUGGUGCUGAUAAUGACCCGAUGGCUGUUCUCGAUACCAACUUCAAGGUUCGCGGUACCGAGGGCCUCAGAGUUGUUGAUGCCAGCGUAUUCCCCAAGAUUCCCGGAUUUUACAUUGCCUUGCCUCUGUACAUUGUGUCUGAAAAGGCCAGCGACGUCAUCAUCCAGGAAGCCAAGGCGUCAUCGGCUUAAGCACUCCAAAGCCAUCCGUUGAACUACACUAGUUUGUUGCGUCGGGCGAAACUUCAUCCUCGCAGCUUCCAAGGCUGUCGACUCAAUCGGUCCAAUAUUCUAGAUUAAUAAUUCAGAGAUACCAUCGUUCGUUUCAGAGAAAGAGUUGCAGAGUCAUGUUAUAACAGUCUGAGAAGUCACAUGCAAGGAGCGGUGUUAGAGAAGAAAUAACGAAAACCGCACUCGCCAGUCAAAUUAUCUGUGCCAAAACAAAACAGCCAUCGUGAAUGAGACCAUGACGAGAUUUGGAUGCUCC